UUCCCUGCCGCAGACCCCUUGGAAGCGGCUAGGCGGAAGUAGAUGUUCAGAACAGGGCUAGUCGCCGCUGAGACCACAUCCGGUAGCGGCGAGGAGAGCGGAAGUGGCGUUGGUCUGGCCGGAGCCCUUGGGUGAAUUGUUAGGUGUGGAGGGGGAGUGAUGUCUUCCAGACACAGUGCAGUCACCGCCACUCCGGGACCCACGUCCUCUAAGCAGCAGAGGAGCACCAGGAUCGUGGGAGCUAAGAAUAGCAGGACCCAGUGCUCCAUAAAGGACAACAGCUUCCAGUACACUAUCCCUCACGAUGACUCCUUAAGUGGCUCCUCCUCCUCCUCCUGUGAACCAGUGAGUGAUUUCCCAGCGUCCUUCCGAAAAUCUACCUACUGGAUGAAGAUGAGAAGGGUCAAGGCUGCUGCCACUUCACAAGUUGAAGGUGCAGGAGCGAAGGAGCAGGAAAAGGCCAAAGGAAAGAGGAAAGUCAAGCAGGAAGAAGAUGAGGACUAUCGCGAGCUUCCUCAGAAGAAGCACAAGCUGUACGGGAGGAAGCAGCGGCCAAAGGCUCAGCCUCACCCCAAACCCCAGGCUCGUCGGGUUCGGAAAGAACCGCCAGUCUAUGCAGCAGGAAGUAUGGAGGAAAAAUGGUACUUAGAAAUCAUGGACAAAGGCAGUGUUUCCUGUCCUACCUGCCAGGUAGUGGGGAGGAAGACUAUAGAGGGUUUAAAGAAACACAUGGAAAACUGCAAACAGGAAAUGUUUACCUGCCACCAUUGUGGGAAACAACUUCAUUCACUGGCAGGAAUGAAGUACCACGUCAUGGCCAACCAUAAUAAUUUGCCAAUUUUGAAGGCAGGAGAUGAAGUGGACGAGCCAAGCGAGAGGGAGCGGCUUCGCACAGUUCUGAAGAGGAUGGGAAAGCUCAAGUGUAUGCGUGAGAGCUGCUCCAGUACCUUCACCAGCAUUAUGGGUUAUCUGUACCAUGUUAGGAAAUGUGGCAAAGAGGCUGCAGAGCUGGAGAAGUUGACCCUGAAGUGUCACCACUGUGAAAAAUCAUACAGGUCGAAGGCUGGCCUUGCAUACCACAUGAGGUCAGAGCACGGGCCUGUCUUCCCAGAAUCAGGGCAGCCAGACUGCUUAAAGGAGAUGAGUCUGGAGGCCAAGGGUGGAGGUCGAGUUCAGCGGCGUUCUGCCAAGAUAGCUGUGUACUACCUGCAGGAGCUGGCCUCUGUUGAGCUGACCAAGGAAUGGCCAAAGAGGAAGGUACUCCAGGACCUGGUACCAGAUGAUCGGAAGUUAAAGUAUACUCGCCCUGGGCUACCCACAUUUAGCCAGGAAGUGCUGCACAAGUGGAAGAUGGAUAUCAAGAAGUACCAUCGCGUCCAGUGUCCUAACCAGGAUUGUGAGGCUCUCUACAGUAGUAUAUCUGGCCUUAAAGCUCACCUGGGCUCUUGUACAUUGGGUACCUUUGUGGGUGGAAAAUACAAGUGUCUUCUGUGUGAGAAAGAAUUUGUGUCAGAGAGUGGUGUCAAGUACCACAUCAACUCUGUCCAUGCCGAGGAUUGGUUUGUUGUAAACCCGACAACCACCAAAAGCUUUGAGAAGCUGAUGAAGAUAAAGCAGCAGCAGCAGGAAGAGGAGAAGCAGCGGCAGCGGCAGCACGGGAGCCGCCGGUCCCUGAGAAGGCAGCAGCAGCAGCAGCAGCAGCCGCCGCACACAGAGCCUCUGGAGAGCCAGCCAGAGCCCAGGGCAGGGAAGGCACAGGACAGCAACGAGGGACUGGUGCUGUCCACGUUAUGUAAAGGAUCAGAGCCAGAGCCGGAGCCACUGCCAGCACAGUCCCAGAAAGCAGAGCCCACCAAGACCACUCACAAACGAGGGAGGAAGUAGGCAGCCACUCCGUGCUCCCAGGAGAGUGGGGGUGAUGCAGUUGUCAUGGGGACCUGUGAGGGGACGCCUGAGUCAUGGGGCUGAGUGAAGAUGCUUUCAGCUCUUGCUGUCAGGUUGUGGCUUUCAGCUCUGUGCACAUUUCACUGUCUUCCAGACUAGUUGACUUUCACCUGCUCCGCCCUGCCAGGUUCAUCUUCCCAUGGAGUCUUCUUGCUUUUUCUGUUGCCCAAAGAGCUGCCCUGGGGACGGAGCUUCUGGCCCCCGGCCCUGUGCAAGUUUAAGGAAGGAACCUUUAGCUGGUUUUCUUUGUUCUUUCCUGUCUGGGUUACUACUGUCCUUGGAAUCUCGGUUGAUUUAGUGGCUGCUCCAUCAUCUAGCUUACAGAGCAGUUCCAAAUUAAGUUUUCUGAAAGGCAGUGACAGGUUUUAAUCCUUCUGUGCUUGUGACGUAAGAGGACUAGAAAGGAGAAGUGCUGCUUUUGUUCCAGUGUAGCCCUGAGCCCCGGGAAGCAGAACCGAUGGAGCCUGCUUGUGUAUAAUUUGGUUUGGCUGUUGAGAAGAAAACGAUUUAGCAUGAAAAAGCUAGGAGCUCACUACGCUUGCUCUCAGAGCAGGGCUGACUGCACCACAGGCCUGAGAGCACAGCCAGGGAAGUCUGCAUCCCAAACACUAAGCUGAGAGGAAGAGCAAGGCAAUGGCAGGAAGCACUGUCCCCUUCCUAGGUUGCCACAGUCACUACCCCGGGAACUUGAUUUUGCCUCCUUGAUUUUAAGGAUUGAGAAACAACUCAGUCCCCCGCUGUGUUGACUCUGUGCCCUGACCCUUGGAAAUGCCACUGAGGUUGCAAAGCAAGGUGCACUCUCCCCUCCCCUGCACUUACCUCAUGUGUCAGGCCACACCCACUCAAGUCCUCCUCCAUGGCAUUAGCUCACCUGUCUGAAUGUUCUGAGAAUACUGUCCUACUGUUUGUGUAUGGAGUUCUAUCUGCUUUAUAGUGUGUGAUUCUGACACCAUGUAGAGUGGUCUCUGUACCUCAUGCUUGUCUGGUGCUGGUCAGUGGGCUCUUCCUGUGAGGGUGGAUAUCUUUAGGACAUGAGUUAGAGUAAGUAGCCUUGUUGUCGUGUUUCUGGUUUCUCUUCCUUCUUUUAUGUAAAUAUUGUUCUUCUAUAUCCCCACCUGUUGUAUGGCAUAUGCCGCUUACAAAGUUGACCUUGAUAGGGACAAACACUACCUUUUCAAACUCGGAAAGGCCAUUUGCCGCCCUUGAAGUCUCUGUUCUCUGUGCUCCUUUAAAUAGCUUUAUCAUGUGUGCUUUGUGAAGACCACUUUUCAAUAACGGGGCAUUAAAAUUUGAAUUGGGCACUACUAGAAGGGGUCGUUUUGAAGCAAGCCGAAAAUGAUGUUUGUGCUGUUUUUUAUUCCUGCUUACAUACACCGUCACAGCUCCCGCAGCAGGGAGGGUUGUGGAAGAUACAUAAGAAGCCGUGUUAAGUUCUGGUGGCAGGGACUUGGAGAAUGUUUGGCGAUGGCAAAUAAAAUUACUCACUUAGGAAU